AACCACCUGAACGUGACUAAGCAAGAAGAUGGCCAAGAUUAACACCCAAUUCUCCCACCCUGCGGUAAGGACCAUGGACAGAGAUCUCAACCAUGUUGAAAAUGGCCUCAGCAGGGUCCACUUGCCGAGCGAGGAGACUUCGUCAGAACUGCAGCAGGAGAUCGCCAUGGAGACCAGAGGACUGGCAGAGUCUAGGCGAAGCUCCUACACCAGCCAGGGGCCCGCCAGGAUGUCUCGCCUGAUCAUCUCACUGCGAGCAUGGGCCACCAGGCACGUACACCAUGAGGCCCAGAGAACGGACUCAUUCCUGGAGCGUUUCCGCGGAGCUGAGCUAAAGGAGGUGUCCAGCCAAGAAAGCAAUGCCCAGUCAAAUACGGGCAGCCAGGAGCCACCAGACAGAGGGAGAGGUGGCUGGCCCCUGGCCAGAAACAACACCAACACCUGCAACAACUCAGAGGAUGACAAGGCGAAAAAGGAGGAGAAGGAGAAAAAGGAAGAGAAAGAGAAAAACUCCACAAAACAAGAGGAAAACAAGAAGGACAGCAUAGUGGUGGAUCCCUCCAGCAACAUGUACUACAACUGGUUGACUAUCAUUGCCCUGCCUGUCUUCUACAACUGGUGUCUGCUGGUGUGCAGGGCCUGUUUCGAUGAGCUGCAGUCAGAGCACGUGAUGCUGUGGCUGGUCCUGGACUACUUGUCCGACGUCCUCUACGGCUUGGAUAUGCUGGUGCGAGCCCGGACAGGCUUCCUUGAACAAGGCUUGAUGGUCAAGGAUGCCCCGAGACUGUGGAAGCAUUACACAAAGACUGUGCACUUCAAACUGGACAUAUUAUCCCUGGUCCCCACAGACCUGGCUUAUUUUAAGUUGGGCAUAAACUACCCAGAACUGAGGUUCAACCGCCUCCUGAAGUUUGCCCGGCUCUUUGAGUUCUUCGACCGCACAGAGACGAGGACCAACUACCCCAAUUUGUUCAGGAUUGGGAACUUGGUCUUGUACAUCCUCGUCAUCAUCCAUUGGAAUGCCUGCAUCUACUUUGCCAUUUCCAAGUUCAUUGGUUUUGGGACAGAUUCCUGGGUCUAUCCAAACGUCUCAAACCCAGAGUAUGGACGCCUCUCCAGGAAGUACAUCUAUAGUCUCUAUUGGUCCACCUUGACCCUGACCACCAUUGGGGAGACCCCACCCCCUGUGAAAGACGAGGAGUAUCUGUUUGUUGUCAUAGACUUCCUGGUGGGCGUCUUGAUUUUUGCCACCAUUGUUGGCAAUGUGGGCUCCAUGAUCUCGAACAUGAAUGCUUCGCGGGCUGAAUUCCAGGCCAAGAUUGACUCUAUCAAGCAGUAUAUGCAAUUCCGCAAGGUGACCAAGGACUUGGAGACUCGGGUGAUCCGGUGGUUUGACUACCUGUGGGCCAACAAGAAGACGGUGGAUGAGAAGGAGGUGCUCAAGAGUCUCCCAGACAAACUGAAGGCCGAGAUUGCCAUCAACGUGCACCUGGACACUCUGAAGAAGGUCCGCAUCUUCCAAGACUGUGAGGCAGGGCUGCUGGUAGAACUUGUGCUCAAGCUGCGGCCUGCAGUGUUCAGCCCAGGGGAUUACAUCUGUAAGAAGGGGGACAUUGGGAGGGAGAUGUACAUCAUCAAGGAGGGCAAGCUGGCUGUGGUGGCUGAUGACGGGAUCACCCAGUUCGUGGUCCUCAGUGAUGGGAGUUACUUUGGGGAGAUCAGCAUCCUGAACAUCAAGGGGAGCAAGUCAGGGAACCGCAGGACAGCCAAUAUCAGGAGCAUUGGCUACUCGGACCUGUUCUGCCUUUCCAAGGAUGAUCUGAUGGAGGCUCUCACCGAAUACCCAGAGGCCAAGAAGGCCCUGGAGGAGAAGGGACGGCAGAUCCUGAUGAAGGACAACCUGAUUGAUGAGGACGUGGCCAGGGCUGGGGCAGACCCCAAGGAUAUUGAGGAGAAGGUGGAGCACCUGGAGUCCUCCCUAGAUACCCUGCAGACCAGGUUUGCACGGCUCCUGGCCGAGUACAACGCCACCCAGAUGAAAGUGAAACAACGUCUCACUCACCUGGAAAGCCAGGUGAAGAUCGGCACGAGUGACCCUCUGGCUGAUGGGGCCACUCCUGGGGAGGCUGAGAAAACAGAGACCAAACAACAGUGAAAGGCAGAGGUCCAUGUCCUGCUUCCCAGAGUCCGCCACUGGCGUGAUGCCCUGUGGCUGCGUCUGAAUGGCCCAGGACUCAGCAAGGCUGCAUUUCUGUUCUCCCUCCCCUUUGCGAGCCAUGUGGGACUGCAGGAGAGCCUCAGUUUCCUCAUUUAGGAAGGAGGGGAGCUCAUCAUGUUGGCCUCAGUUAUGCAGCAGGUUAUUGUUGUAUCCGCAUUGAACACUGCAUGGGGCAGGGCUUCGUACGGUGUGAGAAGUCCCCAACCCACGCAUACAAAAGUGUGGGCACAGAACACUUAUUUUUUUAAUCCAUGGGGAAUUUUUAGACUUUUGAACUUUAUUUUCCUGUAAAUGAUUAUUUAGUCAUCCACCCCUGGCACACCCCAUGCCACCACCUUCCGAUAAGGGAGAUGUAACAGAAGCUAGGAGCGCAACGUGGGAUCUCAGAUUCAACCUUACACAAGACAGUUUGAGGCACGUUUCUGAAUCUGGUUUCUCCUUGUGUGCUCUUUGGGAUUCUAGAAAUCCUGGCCUUUCGUUGUCCUGUGAUAAGCACAAGGGAUGAAGCCAAGUUGGCCCAUUUGGGGUCACUUCAAGCCUUGGAAGCAAAUGCAAACUCCCUGACAUUCAGCCCCCGAGAACAUCUCGAUGAGGGAAAGAAACAUCUUCUAACUCACCAAAGGGGUUUGAAGACAGCCUCUCCCGUCGUUCCUGAGUCAGGAACAGGGGCAGCCUGUUCUGGCUUGAAGGGGAGAGUUAUGUUUGGGGGAGAGACUUUCAGGUUGGAAGUGGGGAUAGAGUCCUGACUCAAGCAAAGCUGACAACUAGAACUUUUAGAAGAUCAGACAUUUAGGCUGCAUCUUUGCAAACUGCCCCUCCACUCAAGGAGGAAACCUCGCCCUCCCUUGGAAUUAUAUCCAGUGGCAAAGCUCUCCUCUAGGCGGAAGUGGGCCCCGUACAGGACCUAGCUUUUUUCUUUUUUUAAUCCAGUAAAUAGAAUUCCAUUACCAUUGGAUACGGUAUUACUAUAUUUGGAUUCUAUGAUUGUGAAUUAUAACCUUAGUGGUCCCUCCUUCACUUAAAUACACAUUGCAAGUUACCCAAAGGGGAGUUACUCUUCUCAUGCAGAGAAGCCCUAUGCGCAGGUUCCCUUCCCUUUUUUCUUUCUCCUUCCUUCCUCCCUCCCUUCUUUCUCUUCUCUUCUGACUUCUCCUCUUCCUCUUUCUUUUCAGAAAAAAAAUGCCCCAUUUUGCUUCAGGGACUUUGAAAUCUCUGUGGUCUGAAGUUAUAACCCAUACACUCCACAACGGGGCUCUAAGGUAGUUCAUACCAAAGGUGCUGCAUUUUCAAGUAUGUAUUUUGGAUUCAAAUGGGUCUCUUCUGGUUUUUAUUAUGGAUCAUGUAAACCAUUUUAACUUUCUAAAAUGAAUUUAAAAGGACUAUUAAAGGAACAAAAGAUUCAAGCUCAUAUCAUCAGCAAACUGUAACUAGCAAUGUAUACUCAAAAUGCAUGUAUUUUAAAAGCCUUAACUAUUAAUUAUGCCUAUGUUUAUAUUUGCACAGGAAAAAUAGAGA